AUGGACAGUGAUGCAAAUUUCCACAGUGCAGGGGGAGCCAUGUUCCUGAGAUACCGCCCCCGGCUGCUGCAGCUGGCGACGCAGCUCUGCGGGGGCGGACUGCGGCCGGACGUGGGGGCGGAGACGCGCCGCCGCUACCGCCAGCGCGGCCGCGAGGUCUUCCUCUACCUGCAGGCGAUACUGAGCGUGCCGACACUGCUGUGGUCGCUGCAGCCGCUGCUGGUGCCGCCUGGUGGCAGCGCCGCGACCCUCUCUAACACGACGGAGCCUGCGCUCAAGCGCAGUACGCCGCUGCCCAUGUGGCUGCCGCCAGAGCUGCAGAGUUCACCCGCCUACGAGAUGGUGUACGGGCUGCAGGUAUUCUCCAUGCUGGUGGUCCUACAGACCUCCGUUUUCACUGGCAUCUUCUUCCUCGUCCUCAUGCUCAGCAUCGCUGCCGAGCUGCACGUGCUCAACGACAGCAUUGCCGGGAGCAGUGGGCAGCAGUUGAGCUCUCCCAGGCGACAACACAGUUUGUCCACAAUGGAAAGCCACUGUGCUUCUGAAGUAGAUGCUGCAAACGAUGGCGCAGUCACCAAUUUUGAGAGAAGCCACUUGCAGCAACAGAUGUAUUGUGACUUGGCGAACAACAUUCGGCAUCAUCAGUUGAUUAUAAGAUGUGUCAAGGAACUGGAGGCUAUAAUGAACCUGCCGAUCUUCGUUCUUUUGUUUCUACACAUGGUGAACAUCUGCGCACAGAUCUUCGUCACCUCUCUCCUGUUGCAGAAGGACAAUGACUCGACAACGCUUUUCAAGGUGUUGUUCACGCUGCCGAUUUAUCUGUAUGAGACUGGACUUUACUGCGUGUUUGGUCAAAUCAUUAUAGACCAGAGACCUCCUGCUAAAAGGAUGGACAUACAAAAGAAAUUGAUGUUGAUGCAGAGCGACCGGCUGUCCAGCUCGGCCUACAGCGGCACCUGGCUGCAGGGCGACGUGCGUCUUCGGAGGGCGCUGCUGCUGCUGACGUCACGUGCCGUCCACCCCCUCACUCUAACCGUGGGCAAGACCUACACGCUCUCCAGGCACACUUUUCUCCAGAGAUACAAGAAGUAUUCAGCAACAGAUUGCCAGCAACCACAGUUGACUAUUACCAUAAUAUCAGGAACAUGA